AUGGUGACCGUUAUCAAGGCCCCAAUCGUCGUCUCCGACUCAGCGGAAGAGACGACCGAGCAACUUGACGCUGAGCACCAAAGCUUCUCCGUCCCCACACACUCGAUCUACUUCUUGACAUACCUACUUGCUUGCCUGGAGACUCCAGCCGAAACCACCAUACAGCUCGUUGCUCGUCGGCGAGACCUGUUCGAAGCAACUACAGUCCACAAUGCCAUCAUCGAGCAGGAGGCAAAGGACAGGGAACUCCGCGAUCUCUUGCGGGGCCGCAUCAUCCAGGAAACCUCACGCAUCGACGACGAAGAGCUCGACCUCGCUGACCUGAAGCGUCGUGUUGACCACCGCCGCAUGAUCAUCACCUGUCAAGCAGUUGCCCACCGCAGUGCGCCGCCCGGACCCCCUCAGGUCGGCGCUCGACUCCGUCGCCAACUCCAGCACCUCGACUACCUCGACACCUGCCUCGAAGAGUUUGAACGUGCCCUUUUCACCAGCCACCAGGAGAUCUGGAAGCUGCGCCGUCUCCUUGUCAGGUUUCAACAGACCCUCCACAAGACUACCGCCGAGCGCAUUCGGGCGGGGGAUAUGCUCGACAUCUGUCGCCUCAAGUUGGGUAACACUAGCGGAAUGCUGGGCUAA